AUGUCUGACUUCGACCCUCACAAUGUCGACCUCGACACCGUGGACCCAACCCAAAUAGUCUGCUACCUCAACAGCGAAGGCAACGAAUAUGACGGCCGUCUAGGCGCCCGCAUCUCCGCCAUCUUCGUCAUCCUAAUCGUCUCCUCGGCUGCAACAUUCUUCCCCGUCCUCGCCAAACGAGCCCCCCGCCUCCGCAUCCCACUUUACGUCUACCUCUUCGCCAAAUACUUCGGCGCAGGCGUCAUCAUCGCUACGGCUUUCAUCCACCUCCUCGACCCGGCCUACGAUGAAAUCGGCCCCGCCUCCUGCGUCGGCAUGACAGGCCACUGGGCCGAUUACUCCUGGUGCCCUGCUAUCGUGCUCACCUCUCUGAUGAUGGUAUUCCUCCUGGAUUUCGGUGCUGAGCGCUACGUCGAGAAGAAAUUCGGUCUAUGCCGUGAUGACCCAGAACCAAUCAUGGCUUCCGGCGUGGAAGUCAACCAGCUCGGACUGCGUCGGUCAAACUCGAAUUCGCACUCGAAUUCCAUGUCCGCGCUCGACACCAAGGAUAAACAGGCGAAAGAAGUCGAAGCCCAGUCUCUGGACGAGGGCGAACUCGAGCGCUCAUUCCGCCAACAAAUCGCCGCCUUCCUGAUCCUCGAAUUCGGUGUCAUUUUCCACUCCGUUAUCAUCGGCUUGAAUCUCGGCGUUACAGGCGACGAAUUCGCAACGCUCUACCCAGUCCUCGUCUUCCACCAGUCCUUCGAGGGUCUCGGUAUCGGUGCCCGCAUGAGUUCCAUCCCCUUCAAGAAGGGCAGUUGGUUGCCCUGGGCGCUUUGCACGGCGUACGGUCUGACUACCCCGAUCUCUAUCGCUAUUGGUCUCGGUGUGCGGACGACGUAUAACCCUGGCUCGUUUACGGCGAAUGUUGUCUCCGGUGUGCUGGAUGCUGUUUCCGCGGGUAUUUUGAUUUAUACGGGUCUUGUGGAGUUGCUUGCUAGGGAUUUCUUGUUUGAUCCCCAUCGGACUAGGGAUGAUAAGAGGUUGACUUUUAUGGUUGUGUCUUUGUUGUUGGGGGCGGGUAUUAUGGCGCUGCUUGGGAAGUGGGCUUGA